UUUUAAAUCCAGCUAGGUUCCGAUACACGUUUUUCUACUACGCAUUCAUUUGAUUUACUUACCAUAGCAAACUUCACGCUAUCUUUCUUUCUCUCUCCUCUUAACUGUUCAUUAUUGUUUCCGAAAUUCAACUUUGAUGAUUGUUGAGAAGAAUCCUAAUUUGCGCUACCUAAUUCGCUGCGACCGUGAAACAAACGAGGUUUGAUUUCAUGUCUGGUUGUUCCAAUGAGGAGGAGGAGAUUUCGUUCUCAGAAUCCGAUCGUCACGGUUACGAAGGAGGCAGUGACGAUGACGAUUCCGAAAUCGGAAAGAAUGAACAUCGCAGCAGCAGAAGAAGAAGAAUGGGUAGUGGUUUUGGAAAGGUGGUGGUGCACCAAUUCACGAAAGCGAAGAAGCAAGUGCGCAGGAUCAGUAGCAGAAAGAGUCUUGUUCCGAAACCAAAAGGUAAGGUGGUGAAUGUUGAAGGUGGCGUUAGUGGAAGGAGUGGGUGCAGGUUUUGUUUUUCUCGGCCCAAAGUGUUGGAAUCGCUUUAUGAGGAGUCUCCAACGAGUGAUCCUAAUGACCCUAAUUUCACUCAUGCCAUGUUGACAACUUUGUUGGACACGAAUGAUUUCUAUUCCAAAGAAUGCAACCCCCACUUGGACCUGGAUUAGUUUAGUUAUUAAUGUUGAAGAUUCCUUGCGUUGGUGCCUUUUCUGUCCAAUUUCAAUUUGAAAAAUGAUGAGAUUGUAACAGUAUGGCUCAAAAGGGGCAAUGAUUGGAUUGGAUUGGAUGUUCAAUUAAAAUGGUAGAGUUGAAGCCUGAGAGGUGGGAACAGUGAAAUGUCAAACCCUUGUUUGUUUGCGUUUGUAUUCAUUUAGAGUAAUGUGGUUCAAGAGUUUAUAGACAGGGAACUUGCUGCAAUUCAAUUAUUAAGGAUUGAAGAAUUGGAACAGGUUAAUGUGGAUUGGAAAAAUGAAAGGGUUGCUUGAUCAACUUCUGCUGUUGGAGCGGUUGGUGAAAACUGGAUUUUUUGUCAUUCUGGUAUUAUCUCCACUUGUUCUCAGAGGUUGGAGAAGUGGUGUACAACUGUACACUGUACAUAUCAAUACAUAAUUUUUUUUGGACUCUGCUAUUUUCAUAUUCUCUUUCCAGCUGUUAAAACUUUUGGUGCUUUACUCGUGCAUACAAAUUUUUCAUUCGGCUUUGUGAGAGGUCUUGAGUGGUUGUAAUUUUGGAAAGUUUUCUGCAUAGCGAUUUAAACACAAAUUGUUCUUCUCAUCAUUAGUUUGUUCUGAUUCUUUUGAUUUUUCAUGUCCUCAUAUGUGUUCGAUGAUCUUUGGCAAUGGCUCCCAUUCUUGAGUCUGCACAUAUUUGGAAAAGCAUAGAGACUUAGGAAGCAACGUUUUUAAGUAUGUUGUAAAGCUGGACAAAUUUGUUGGAUAGUAGAUUGGCCUGACA